GGGACGAGCUUAGUAAUCGUUUCGUGCGCGCGUGAUGAUCAUCAACACGAAUACUCAAUCGCCGUUCUAGUUUUUAGCUAGAUUUAUUUAGUUAUUACUAUUUUAGUAUUAAUUAUUAAUUUCAUUAGAAUAUCAUAACAGCUAAGAAAAUCAAAAUCAUGGAAACUGACAAAUUAAAUGAUAGGGAAAAUAAAACCAAUGGCGAUGCUCAGAUUGCUGUGUUAGAAAUGGGUGAACUUAAUCACUGUUCAAUACCAUCWACAUCGGGAGAAAAUAAAAGAUCUGGGUAUUUAGUAACACUGAUGCACUUUAUAAAAGGAAAUAUCGGCUGUGGAAUGUUAGCUAUGGGAGAAGCUUUUAGAAUUGGAGGUUUAUAUCUGACAUUAUGUAUUUUGCUAUACGUGUGGUUAAUUAGCGUCUACAAUAUGCAUAUUUUAACUACAUUAAGUAAGAAAGUGCAGAACCGUAUGCAAGCCAAACGUGCACCAUCAUUUGGCGAUACCGUCGAAAAUACAUUCAAAAUGUCGGAUAAAUGGAUAUUUCGAAUUAUAUCAAAUAAUAUUAAAAAGGUUGUUUUUUAUAACAUACUUAUCACACAACUUGGUUUAUGCAGUGUAUAUAUUCUUUUUAUCGGCACUUCAUUACAAAAGCUGUUACUUCAAUAUUCGUAUGAGAUUAAUAUCCAAACUGUUCUCUUAUUUACAAUGCCUUUGAUAAUGGUAUGUGCAAGUUUGAGAAAAUUGCGAUUUAUAGCACCAUUAUCAACUUUGGCCAAUUUUGCAUUGAUUACUGGCGUUAUUACGAUAAUGUAUUAUAGCUGUUCUGGACCAUCAGCUGAGAAUGUUCGAUAUUCAUAUGCUAAAUGGUCUGAACUACCAACAAUGUUUGGAAUAAUCAUGUUUAGUUUUGAAGGAAUUGGAUUGGUUUUACCUCUUUUUGCGGAGAUAGAAGAUGAUAAAAAAUUUACAUCGUGUUUUGGAGUCUUGAAUUUUGGUAUGGUAUCUGUAAUGAUGUUAAAUGUACCUUUGGGCAUGACUGGCUAUUCGAAAUGGGGAGAAGAAGUAAAAAGCAGUCUAACAUUGAAUUUGCCAUAUGAUCACGAAUUAACACAAUUUGUAAUACUCAUGAUGAUAUUGGGUAUAGCUUGCUCAUAUGCACUUCAGUUUUACCCUGCAGCCGUAAUUCUCUAUAGUGAUCUUGAAAAAUACUACGGUCCUUUUAACCAUCCUGCAGUAUGGGAUUAUAGCAUUCGGAUAUGUAUAUGCCUUUUUACUUACCUGGCUGCCAGUACAGUCCCACAUUUGGACCUAUUCAUGUCGUUAGUCGGUUCUGUAACUUGCGUUGCACUCACCAUGAUUUUCCCUGCACUAUCUAAUUUGGCGUUCCGGACGAAAGAAAAUGGUUUAUCUUUCAGUUCAUUUUUUGAUAUGAUUACCAUAAUUACGGCAGUGAUUGGUUCGGUCACCGGAAUUUACGCCAAUACAACUGCCAUUUACGAGGCGUUCUCGCAAAACCACAGUAAUGGCUAAAUCUGGCUCAGACGUUUGGUUGGUUGAAUAUCCGUUCUAUAUUAUUACAAUAUCAUGUCACUAUUGACACCCUUGUAUACUAUUAUAAAUAUUUAGAUUGCUGUAUUUUAUAUUGUUCUUAUAAUAAUAAUCAGUUUUUCUGAAAGUAAUUCUAUUAUUCGGAAUAUUAAACGUGAAAGUUAGAAAACCGGAGAAUAAAAUAAAAAGCAUCAUUAAGAAAACUAUAAAAGAAAGUGAAAAAAAAAUCUCAAGUAGAGCUAUUAUUCAGUAUUAACUUUUUUUUAUGUUACAUACCCUUAUUUUAUUCAUCCGAGUAGGUUUUAUUGCAUAGCAUUUUUUAUUUUAUUAAUUGUUAUACGACUGA